AUGGCUGACGAAGCGACUCCAACAAAGGGAAAGGGCUCUGGGGAGGAGUCUCUUCUAUCCCAGCCUAACGCCGAUGCGCAAGGUCAGCUUACAGCGGCUGUUGAUGAGCUCUUGGACCAACUCCAGAGCAAAUUCGAUAAUAUCUCCAAAGAAAUGUUUGGAAAGUUGGACGAUAUGACCCGUCGCCUCGAUGAACUCGAGGCUUCCCUGACGGCAUCUGGCAAUGACUCGGCGAAUGCAACUCCUACGAAAUAA